CGAUUUAGAUUGGCUGUUCAACGACCCAAAGAUACUCAAGGCUUCAACAGUUAUUUGCAGGCUCAUGGAUGAUUUGGCCACUCAUAAGUUUGAGCAAGGAAGAGAACAUGCGGACUCGGCUGUGCAAUGUUACAUGAAGCAAUACAAUGUCACGGAACAAGAAGCGGAGAAUGACCUUCGCAAGCAAGUUGAUGAUGCGUGGAAGGACCUGAAUGAGGAGUGUCUUUGCCCGACUGCCGUCGCCAAGCCGCUUCUCAUGGGAAUUCUCAACCUUACACGAGUGAUGGAUGUGCUGUACAAGGAUGGAGGAGAUCAUUAUACCAAUCCUCAUAUUAUGCUGAAAGAUUACAUACGUUCGGUGCUCAUGGAUCCAGUGCAAACGUUUUGAUAUGCAGCAACUAGACAUCCGUCAGAUGAUGCAUCUACGCAUGUGUGAAGCAUUAAUGAAAUAGGCUUGGGAAUAAGAUGUUGGAUGCAUAUGUAGUUGCGGUACAAUAAAGCUUUUAGUGAGAAUGGUAUGGUUGUAUCAGUAUGGACAUAUAGUUUGCUGUA